AUGGCAUCGCUGCCUCCUCCUCCUCCACCAGGAUGGGGUGCGUCAGCGCCGCCCUCGAUGCCUUUGGCGCCGCCUCCGCCGGGCUACCAGCCGCCAGCCGACCCGAACGUCGCGAAGUACGCUCAGAAAAAGACAGAAUGGCUGCGGACGCAACGGAACCGGUUCGGAGAGAAGCGAAAGGGCGGAUUUGUCGAGACGCAAAAGGCUGAUAUGCCCCCGGAGCAUCUCCGUAAGAUCGUGAAGGAUAUCGGCGAUGUGUCACAGAAGAAGUUCACAAACGAGAAGCGCAGCUAUCUCGGCGCUCUCAAGUUUAUGCCCCAUGCUGUGCUGAAACUGUUAGAGAACAUGCCUAUGCCUUGGGAGUCAACGAGAGAGGUGAAGGUUUUGUACCAUGUUAAUGGCUGUCUUACUCUUGUAAAUGAAACGCCCAGAGUUAUCGAGCCUGUCUUCCAUGCUCAGUGGGCGACGAUGUGGGUGUGUAUGCGACGAGAGAAGAGUGACAGAAGACAUUUCAAGCGUAUGCGAUUUCCUCCAUUUGACGACGAAGAACCGCCGCUUUCGUGGUCGGAAAAUAUCGAGGAUGUUGAGCCGCUAGAGCCGAUACAGAUGGAACUUGAUGAGUCUGAAGAUAGCCCGGUAUACGAAUGGUUUUAUGACCACCGACCACUGCUUGAUACACCGCAUGUGAACGGGCCGAGUUAUAGAAAAUGGAACUUGGAUCUUCCGCAGAUGGCCACGCUUUACCGGUUAAGUCACCAGCUUUUGAGUGAUGUUGUUGACCAGAACUACUUUCAUAUGUUCGACCUGAACAGCUUCUUGACAGCCAAAGCUCUGAACGUUGCUAUUCCCGGUGGACCUCGCUUUGAGCCUCUGUACAAGGACAUUGAUCCUAACGACGAGGACUUUAGCGAGUUCAAUGCGAUAGACCGCAUCAUCUUCCGCGCGCCAAUUCGAACUGAGUAUCGAGUUGCGUUCCCCUUCCUCUACAAUACACUUCCGAGAAGCGUCAAGGUCUCUUGGUACUCUCACCCUCAAGUUGUAUAUGUCCGGACCGACAAUCACCCUAACCUUCCUGCUUUCUACUUCGACCCUGUCAUCAACCCUAUCUCUUCCCGCUCCGUCGCGCCCAAAAACAUUACAGUCAGUCACGAGGAUGAGAUUUUUGGACCUGGGGGCUACGAAGAUGACUUCGAGCUUCCCGCUGAGGUGGAGCCAUUCUUCGCUGAUGAAGACCUCUACACGCCCGAAACUGCCUCUGCUAUUGCUUUGUGGUGGGCUCCUCAUCCAUUCAACAAGCGUUCCGGCAAAAUGGUCCGCGCGCAGGACGUUCCUCUAGUCAAGCACUGGUAUCUGGAACACUGCCCUCAAGGUCAACCUGUCAAAGUUCGCGUGUCUUACCAGAAACUUCUCAAGACGUAUGUCCUCAACGAACUUCACCGGAAGAAACCCAAGGCCCAAAACAAGCAGGACCUGCUAAAAACCCUGAAGUCGACGAAAUUUUUUCAGCAGACAACGAUAGAUUGGGUUGAGGCCGGGUUGCAGGUCUGCCGCCAGGGCUUCAACAUGCUGAACCUUUUAAUUCACCGCAAGAACCUGACCUACCUGCACUUGGAUUAUAACUUCAACUUGAAGCCGGUCAAGACCUUGACCACUAAAGAGCGCAAGAAGUCACGAUUCGGAAACGCUUUCCAUCUGAUGCGAGAGAUUCUUCGUCUCACCAAACUCAUCGUUGAUGCACAAGUCCAGUACCGCUUGGGAAAUAUAGACGCCUUCCAGCUUGCUGAUGGUAUUCUCUACGCCUUCAAUCACGUCGGGCAGCUGACGGGUAUGUACCGCUACAAAUACAAGCUGAUGCACCAAAUUCGAUCGUGCAAGGACUUGAAGCAUCUGAUCUACUACCGCUUCAACUCUGGCCCUGUUGGUAAGGGCCCCGGUUGCGGUUUCUGGGCUCCAGCAUGGCGUGUCUGGCUAUUCUUCAUGCGUGGUAUCAUUCCUUUGCUUGAAAGGUGGCUCGGAAACCUGCUUUCUCGCCAGUUUGAGGGCCGUCACAGCAAGGGAGUUGCCAAGACAGUUACCAAGCAGCGUGUAGAGUCUCACUUCGAUCUGGAACUUCGCGCGUCUGUCAUGGCUGAUUUGAUGGACAUGAUGCCCGAGGGUAUCAAGCAGAACAAGGUGAACACGGUGCUUCAGCACCUGUCAGAAGCAUGGAGGUGUUGGAAGAGCAAUAUUCCUUGGAAGGUUCCUGGUCUCCCUGCGCCUAUCGAAAACAUUAUUUUGCGAUAUGUCAAGAGCAAGGCGGAUUGGUGGAUCUCGGUGGCGCACUACAACCGUGAGAGAAUUCGUCGUGGUGCCACAGUCGAUAAGACCGUCGCUAAGAAAAAUCUGGGCCGUCUUACUCGGUUGUGGCUCAAGGCUGAGCAGGAGCGUCAGCAUAACUACCUCAAGGACGGUCCGUAUGUGUCGUCUGAGGAAGCUGUGGCAAUCUAUACCACAAUGGUCCACUGGCUGGAAUCUCGAAAGUUCUCACCUAUUCCGUUCCCAAGUGUCUCUUACAAGCACGAUACUAAGAUUCUGAUUCUCGCUUUGGAACGUCUGCGUGAAUCCUACUCUGUCAAGGGCAGGUUGAACCAAAGUCAGCGUGAAGAGCUGGCCCUUAUCGAGCAAGCAUACGAUUCUCCAGGAACAACACUGGCACGGAUCAAACGAUUCCUACUUACUCAACGAGCAUUUAAGGAAGUCGGAAUUGAUAUGAACGACAACUACAGCAACAUCAACCCUGUGUAUGAUGUUGAGCCCAUUGAGAAGAUCACUGAUGCAUACCUUGAUCAGUAUCUCUGGUAUCAAGCUGAGCAGCGUCAUUUGUUUCCCGCCUGGAUCAAGCCGUCUGAUUCUGAAGUCCCUCCUCUGCUGACUUACAAGUGGGCCCAAGGAAUCAACAAUCUAUCCAACGUCUGGGAAACUGCCGAUGGUGAGACCAACGUGAUGAUCGAGACAGAGCUAUCUAAGGUCUACGAGAAGAUUGAUCUUACGCUGCUGAACCGGCUCCUGCGUUUGAUUAUGGACCAUAAUCUGGCGGAUUAUAUUACCUCGAAGAACAAUGUACAGCUGAGCUACAAGGAUAUGAAUCAUACCAACAGCUAUGGUUUGAUCCGUGGUCUCCAGUUCUCUGGCUUCGUGUUCCAGUUCUACGGAUUGAUGAUCGAUUUGCUCCUCCUUGGCUUGCAAAGAGCAAGCGAAAUGGCUGGUCCUCCCCAGAGCCCGAACGACUUCCUCCAGUUCAGAGACCGAGCAACUGAGACGAGACACCCGAUUCGGUUGUAUACUCGUUACAUUGACAAGAUAUGGGUCUUCUUCCGUUUCAAUGCAGACGAAUCGCGCGACUUGAUUCAACGCUUCCUGACCGAGAAUCCUGACCCGAACUUUGAGAAUGUCAUCGGUUACAAGAACAAGAAGUGCUGGCCGCGAGACUGUCGGAUGCGUUUGAUGCGCCAUGAUGUCAACUUGGGCCGUGCUGUCUUCUGGGAUUUGAAGAAUCGUCUCCCUCGCUCCAUUACCACCAUUGAAUGGGACGACACCUUUGCCAGCGUUUACAGCAAAGAUAACCCUAAUCUUCUGUUUUCCAUGUCCGGCUUUGAGGUUCGGAUCCUUCCCAAGUGCCGCAAUCUUAAUGAAGAGUUCUCGGUGAAAGAUAGCGUGUGGUCGUUGGUGGACAACUCCACGAAAGAGCGUACAGCACACGCCUUCCUACAAGUUACGGAAGAGGAUAUUCAGAAAUUCAACAACCGAAUUCGGCAGAUUCUGAUGUCGUCCGGCUCAACCACCUUUACCAAGAUCGCAAACAAGUGGAAUACUGCUCUGAUUGCCCUCUUUACGUACUACCGUGAAGCUGCUGUGUCCACCGUCAACCUCCUCGACACCAUUGUCAAAUGUGAGACCAAGAUCCAGACUCGCGUCAAGAUCGGUCUGAACUCCAAGAUGCCGUCCCGUUUCCCUCCGGCCGUCUUCUAUACCCCGAAGGAACUAGGAGGCCUCGGUAUGAUUUCAGGCUCGCACAUCCUCAUUCCUGCCAGCGACAAGCGAUGGUCCAAGCAAACCGAUACCGGAAUCACCCAUUUCCGCGCGGGUAUGUCACAUGACGAGGAAACUCUAAUCCCCAACAUCUUCCGAUACAUCAUACCCUGGGAGGCCGAAUUCAUCGACUCUCAGCGCGUGUGGAUGGAAUACUCGCAGAAGCGGAUGGAGGCUCAGCAACAGAAUCGUCGUCUUACCCUGGAAGAUCUCGAAGACAGCUGGGAUCGCGGUUUGCCCCGUAUUAACACUCUAUUCCAGAAGGACCGCAGCACUCUCAGCUUCGACAAGGGUUUCCGUUUGCGCGCUGAAUUCAAGCAGUACCAACUCAUGAAAAGCAAUCCUUUCUGGUGGACUAGUCAGAGACACGAUGGUAAAUUGUGGAAUCUGAACGCUUACCGUACCGAUGUUAUUCAGGCACUGGGUGCUUUCCCGUCCUGGGAGGGUCUAUUCUGGGAGAAAGCUUGUCUUGCCAACGGCACCCAGUUGUUGCGAUACGAUGGCACCAAGGUCAAUGUCGAGGAUGUCAAGGAGGGAGAUCUCCUUCUCGGUCCUGACGGUGGACCUCGCCGAGCUUUCAACGUUGUCAGCGGCAAAGAUCGUCUCUACCGUAUAAAAAUCGACGGGGACAAGGAAGAUCUCGUCGUUACCGCGAACCAUAUCCUGGUCCUUCAUCGAGCGAAAGCAAUGAACACCAGUGUGUGCUUCGAUCGGUCAAAAGAGCAGCAAGGUGGCGCUGGCGAACAACUGGAUAUAUCUGAAGUAUCAGCAGCAGAGCGCUACGACACUGUAGAAAUGACUGCCGCUGAAUUUGCUGCACUACACCCGCAGGAACGAAGUUGGUAUCGAGCCAUCAGAUGUCCUGGUUUCGAAUUGCCUGAGCAAGAUGUGCCAGUGAAUCCGUAUUUCCUCGGCUUGUGGCUGGGUGAUGAAAGCCGCAAUCAAUCGGCAAUCUAUUCGAAUCAUGAAGAAGCACUCCGUGAGUUCCUCGUCAGUCAUGCUGCUGAAUUGGACAUGCAUCUUGUCUACCAUGGUCAAUCGGCAUACAGCACCGUCUGUAACAAAGACAGACCAACCAAUAAACGGAUUGGGCCUGCGAAUCAAACUCAAACAGUGCGUCCUACGAUUCGUCAAACUCGACGGACCAUUCGCCAGCAGCGGCUCGCCGCGGAGCAUGCCGCUGCAGAGUACACCACACAGCGUGAGACAGCUAGCUUAACUCCCCUUCUCGAGUCGCCCACGAGUGACAAACACGGCCUUCUUUCUAGCGUCGAGACUCCUGGGAGACUGUCCGAUUCUGUGACAACCGAGCUCCCAAUGUCCAGAUCUGCAUCUGCCAUGAGAUCUAUUCGAACUGCAUCCGGACUGUCCGAAUUUAAUGAUGUGACGAACGUGUCCGCUUCCAUGCCAGAUAUCCAAAACUCCGGUAUUAAGAACCAGGGAAGAAUUGCAAAGGUGACCCGACAGCAGGAUUCCAAGGGAGAAGUCGACUUCCGACAGCAAUAUUCUCAAGCAAUCAAAGAUGACCUGGAGUUGCUUGAAACAGAUAUUGAAGAUGAUGUUGCCAGCUCUGACGAAAUUGAGGAUGUUUGCGUGGUAGGCUCGGAAAAUGAACUGAUUGGAAGUGAAAAACAAGACCAGUCCGGUCGCCGUCGCCAAAUCCAUCGUCUACGAACUGGUCAUCGAGGAUAUGGCGAUCUAAGUGAUGACGAACAAGAGCAACUCUUGGAUUCUGUCGUCGAGCGUUAUGCUGGGGAUUCUCGUCUGAAUACACUCCAGCAGGAACUUAGCAAGAUGGGUAUACUCAAUCCUGAAACAGGACCUAUCAACGACAAGAAGCGUAUUCCACAAGUCUUUAUGCAAAACUCGCGUUCCGUUCGCCUUUCUGUGUUAGCAGGACUUCUUGAUAGUGACGGAUGGUAUAUUUACCCAGAAAACAUGUUCGGUUUCGCGCAGAGUGAGCUCUGUCAUAAGGAGCUGUUCUGGGACGUUGUUACGCUAGCAAGAUCUUUGGGAUUCGGCGUUUGGACAAAGAAGCGCAUGAUGCCGGACCCAACAGGAAAGAGGAUGUCACCAAUGCUGGUCGCCCAGAUAUCCGGAGACUUGGCUGAAAUCCCAUGUGUUCUCGCAAGAAAAAAGGCCAUGCCGCGUCUUAUUCCCCAGUCACAUAGUUUUGCCAUCAAAGAUAUCUCUCUCGAAUCUGAAGCAACUGAAUGGGCUGGUUUCCGCGUUGACAAAGAUCAACUCUAUCUACGACAUGACUAUGUUGUACUGCAUAACAGUGGCUUCGAAGAGUCUAUGAAAUUCAAGAAGCUCACGAAUGCCCAGCGUUCUGGUUUGAACCAAAUUCCUAACCGUCGGUUUACGCUAUGGUGGUCGCCAACCAUUAACCGUGCCAAUGUCUACGUUGGUUUCCAGGUGCAACUGGAUCUCACGGGUAUCUUCUUGCACGGAAAGAUUCCCACUCUCAAAAUCUCGUUGAUUCAAAUCUUCCGUGCUCACUUGUGGCAAAAGAUCCACGAGUCCGUAGUCAUGGAUUUGUGUCAAGUCUUUGACCAGGAACUUGAGCAGCUUGGCAUCGAAGCAGUCCAGAAGGAAACCAUUCACCCGCGUAAGUCAUACAAGAUGAACAGUUCGUGUGCAGAUAUCUUGUUGUUCGCCACGAACAAGUGGAACGUAACCCGGCCUUCCAUCCUCUUCGACACUAAGGAUGUGUACGAGCCUACCACGACAAACAAAUUCUGGCUUGAUGUGCAACUCCGCUACGGUGACUACGACUCUCACGACAUUGAAAGAUACGUUCGCGCUAAAUACCUGGACUACACAACCGACAGCAUGAGUAUCUAUCCGUCUGCAACGGGUCUGAUGAUCGCAAUUGACCUUGCUUACAACCUGUACUCGGCAUACGGGCAGUAUUUCCCUGGCCUGAAAACGUUAAUUCAGCAAGCGAUGGCCAAGAUUAUGAAGGCCAACCCUGCCCUCUAUGUGUUGAGAGAACGUAUUCGAAAAGGUCUACAGCUGUACGCUUCUGAGAGCAAUCAGGAGUUCCUGAACUCUCAGAACUAUUCGGAACUCUUCAGUCCUCAGAUACAGCUGUUCAUCGACGAUACCAAUGUCUACCGUGUCACUAUUCACAAGACCUUCGAAGGUAACCUUACGACCAAGCCCAUCAACGGUGCUAUAUUCAUCUUUAAUCCCCGCACUGGACAGCUGUUCCUGAAGAUUAUCCACACCAGUGUUUGGGCGGGACAAAAGCGUCUUGGUCAGCUUGCCAAGUGGAAGACCGCAGAAGAAGUCGCGGCUCUUAUUCGGUCCUUGCCAGUCGAAGAACAGCCCAAGCAGCUUAUUGUUACCCGAAAAGGUCUUCUUGACCCGCUUGAAGUUCACCUUCUCGAUUUCCCUAAUAUCUCCAUCCGUGCUUCUGAACUCCAGCUGCCUUUCCAGGCAGCUAUGAAGGUUGAGAAGCUUGCAGACAUGAUUUUGCGCGCGACAGAGCCUCAGAUGGUUCUGUUUAACCUUUAUGAUGAGUGGCUCAAGACUAUUUCACCAUACACCGCGUUCUCCAGAUUAAUCUUGAUUUUGCGUGCCCUUCACGUCAACAUCGACAAGGCGAAGAUCAUCCUUCGGCCUGAUAAGAGCGUUAUCACCUUGGAGCACCACAUCUGGCCCUCGCUUUCUGAUGAAGACUGGAUGAAGGUUGAAGUGCAAUUGCGCGACUUGAUUCUGAACGACUAUGGCAAGAAGAACAAUGUCAACGUCCAGAGUCUGACAAGCAGUGAAGUCCGAGAUAUCAUUCUCGGUAUGGAAAUUAGCGCGCCCUCCUUGCAGCGACAGCAAGCAGCGGAGAUUGAGAAGCAACAGGAGGAGGCCAAGCAACUCACAGCUGUGACAACAAAGACGCAGAACGUUCGCGGCGAAGACAUCAUUGUCACUACCACAUCUCAGUACGAGCAGCAGUCGUUUGCGUCCAAGACUGAGUGGCGUACUCGUGCGAUUGCCACGUCCAACCUCCGCACUAGGGCAAACAAUAUAUAUGUCUCGUCAGACGAUAUCCGCGAUGAGGGUUAUACGUACAUCAUGCCGAAGAACAUUCUCAAGCGGUUCAUCAUGAUUGCCGAUCUUCGCGUGCAGGUAGCCGGAUUUCUCUAUGGUAGCUCGCCUCCAGACAACGACCAAGUGAAGGAAAUUCGGACCAUCGUCAUGGUCCCGCAGGUGGGUAACACUCGCGAGGUUCAACUUCCUCAGCAGCUACCGCAACACGAUUAUCUCAACAGCCUAGAGCCCCUCGGAGUAAUCCACACCAUCUCCGGCAAUGAGCCGCCAUACAUGACUGCACAGGACGUGACUCAGCAUUCUCGCCUGAUGAAUGCCCAUUCAUCCUGGGACAAGAAGACAGUGACGAUGACCGUAUCGUUCACACCGGGUUCGGUCUCCCUUGCAGCAUGGGGUCUUACUCCCCAGGGUUACAAGUGGGGAGCCGAGAACCGGGAUACAACUUCCGAUCAGCCGCAGGGAUUCUCGACCAGCAUGGGCGAGAAGUGCCAGUUGUUGUUGAGUGACAAGAUUCGCGGAUACUUCCUCGUGCCCGAGGACAACGUCUGGAACUACAGCUUCAUGGGAAGCUCGUACGGAAGUGUCGAGAAACGCCCGGUAUAUGUCAAGAUUGACACCCCGCUUCGGUUUUACGACGACCAGCAUCGCCCACUGCACUUCCAGAACUUCGCAGAGCUGGAGGAUAUUUGGGUUGACCGAUCUGAUAACUUUGCUUAA